GAGAACUUUUCACUUCCGGUUUGUACCGUCCCAGCCGUUCAUUUAUCAAGCUAAUGUGAGCUAGCCGCCUUUUUGUUACCGUCGUUAGUUUAUAUAAAGAGAAAACAGCCGCUUUUUCGAAUGGAAACUUGACAACAACUCCAUAGGUAUGUCCACAUCUUUUGUUUUGUUUAAGAAAGCCGCGUUUAAGUUGUCCUAAAGUAAUUCAACCGUACUUCCUGACGUAAAUAAUAGCAGAGCUAGCAUGUAGCUCGUCGACCGUAAACAGCUGCUAAGCUAAAGAGUUUAGCCUGGUAUCGAAGGUUAAUGUUCUCAUAUUGUAUGUUUUAUAUUAAAUAGUUGAUUCGUGGGUUUGUUUUAGGAGUUGAAUUGUUUUGUAACACUUAGCUGAUAAAAGUUAGAGCUAAAUUUAAAAAGUUCUAUUCUUCGUGAUCGGUACGAUAAUGGUUGGCACGUUUGAAAAAGGAAAAAGUCCAAUUAUUUACAUAUUUUAGGACGAAAAGAGUGUUUUUGUCUCAGUAACUGAUUUAAAAUAGCUUAUACUAAUUCUUUAGUGUUCUGUCAGUUUGUGUUUUUACAUUGUUGUCUCGUAGAUGACAGCUUUUUGAUAAAUAACUGUAACAAAUAGCAGUUAUUAGUCUUGAUUUUUUUUGCCAGACUGUGCUCCAGACUUAAGGGAGUCUUAAACCCAGUACAACAAAUCUACACAAAUUCUACUUCCAAAAAGCAUCUAAAUGUUCACUUAUGGAAAAUAUCGGCAAACUUUGUGAAACUUUUAAAGAUAUCGAUGCUUUAUAAGUUGCUCUGAUGUACUUAAACCGACCAGCCAUGGUAUUAUGAGCACCCGAGCAAUGUAAUUCAAUCCAGUACAACAAAUUUAUCACAAAUUCUAUUUCCAAAAAGCAUUUAAAUGUUCACUUUUUUGUUGACAAGAUCAGACGGAUGGUUAUAGUGCUUUAUACUUACUUUUGGCGUUCCCUACAUUUUGUCCACCUCAUUGAAUGACGUGAGGGAGGGAACAAUAGGAGCACCUCCCAAUAUAAUACACUUCUAUAAACCACCAACACCCAUUUUAAUGUCUACUAGUGAAUGCAAAGAGCAUCUGUCACCUAAUUGACCAUGACAACAACAACAAAAAAUCCACACAUAGCAGCUUUCUAACAGAAGGAAGUACAGGAAAGCUGUUGUAUUAGGUUGCAUUAAAGGGAUAUUCUGGCAUAAAAUUAAUUUAGUGUCAAACACACCAUAACACCGAGUUAGACACCCCGUCGAGAGAUGAAUGUUGCCGACCGCUUGCUUCUCUAGAUGCUGGUCUGAGCAUUAUUUGUGGCUAUAGAGUUGUGUUUUGGUUGAGGUUUGUUUAUGGCUCCUAAGACUGCUGUGUAUUACUAUCCUGUGGUAGUUGUUAACAUUCAUCUCUCGACGGGGUGUCUAACUCGGUGUUACGGUGUGUUUGACCCUAAAUUGAUUUUACGCCUGAAUAGCCCUUUAAGGUGUUCAUAGUGUUAUGGCUGGGCUGGUAAACUUUUUUUUUCUGUUUUUUUCUUUUUUUGAGAGUGAUUCAUGUAUACCACGGUUCUGUUGAUAUGAUUUUAAAAAGAUAAGCGAAACUAACAGCCCUGAUCACCUUUAGAGGAGUCAGAACCAGCACAAUCGUGUGGUUGGUUUCAGCUGAGCCUGCACUUACAGUAUAAGGCUGAAGUUAGCAUCUUAUUCCUCUGAUUCAGCUGUUACAGGCAAGGUUACGAAAACAAGGUCUUCAGCCAAAACAACUACACUGAGAUUUGUCAGAUUUGGACAAGGUCAUGGAAGAGAUGGUGCAGUCUCAAACACAGUUUCAGAUUUGUGUAGCUUUCAUUUAGUUGGUGAAAAAUGGGAAAAGGGGUGAUCUCUCAACUUGUUUUUUUUAAUAUUUUAUCACUAGAUCACAUAAGACCAUACUGAUCCAGAAAAACUCCUGGGCUUGCUCCUUAUCUGACCUAAAUUAAGUGAAUAAAGAGGCCUUAAUCUCUUCAACACAGUUUCAGGUUUUUGAAAGCUUAUCUGAAAACGCAAGAAAGGAUGAUUUCACAGUUUUCCCCCCUGUUUUGCAGAAUUGAAAGUAGGCGCACCUGAAACUGAAACUCCUUCAUUCCAAAUCCGAGAAGCCAGGGUACUAUUGCUCUGGAUCAGGAUGUAGACUAAUGCAGUCUAGCCAGAAAAAAAGUGAUAUGGCUCUUUCUUGCAUUUUCCCAAAUAUAAUGAAGGCUUCACUUAUGUGAAACUGUAAUUUAAAGAGCCUGUAGCCUCUCUUAGAUAAGCUACUCAAGACCUUAAAAGUUUGCAUCCAGUGGUUUUGGAUCAGGACCUUGUUUCAAAACCUACCUGUAAUAGCCAAAUCAGCACAGUGCCAGCUCUGUUGUUUAUUUCAGUGUCAUUAUUAUGUCAACCUACAUCCUUUGAAUAUAAUCUACUGAUCUGUAACAUGUUUUUUUUUUAACUGUGUAAGUACUUUGAAUAUCCAAAAUCAGAUGUACUGGCUACUGAGUAGGUAUCUCUUCCAAUAUGAUAAUACAUGACUCCAUAUUGUUCGUCGUAUGCUUUAAGCAGAACUCUCAUUAUGUUUUGCAGGUUUUUAAAGCCCUGAAGUGAUAAUGCAUGGACAAUGAUAAUGACUUCUCGCAUGGGGGAUGUGGAUAGAAAAGUUUCUUCCAGAAGCUAACUGCAAUUACAAGUUGUCCCUUGGCGAUUCCCUGGAGUGGUGAAACUUUUGCUGUUUCGCCACAUAAUCCAUCAUGUCAUUACCGAAGGACUCUGGGAGCCGAGGGAAAGAUAGAGAGAGAGGCGCAAGGCCCAAGGUGAGACAGAGCCGGUCAGAGGAGAGACGUGAUGCCGGCAGUGGACGGAAAGGUGGAAAGGGGAAGAAGAAAGGCCUCGCCUCCCAUGAACCAGUAGCUGAGAGGCCUGUCAGCGACGGCUUUGAGUAUGGUGAACUGUUGAGCGACCUUGAGAACAGGGAUCAGUCUUCUUCCUCUCCUCUGAGGGAGAGCUGGAGAUGGCAGGGUUUGGAAGUCGCUGCCUCAUUACUUGGACAGGAACGGGCAACAGCCAGGCCAGGACCUGUUAGCUCUGCUACAGACUCACUUACAACCAGUGAAGGGGAGGGAAGAGGGUCAAGCAGCAGUCGCACACUCCGCCAAAAAAUCCAGGAUGCCAUGGGGCAGUGUUUCCCAAUAAAAUCCCACAGCGCAACAGCACCCGCACCACCUCCGCAAGCUUUUUCAUCAUCAACUGUCUGUGCGUCCUCCAGGCGUAAAAUCCAUCUGAGCGAGCUGAUGUUGGAUGACUGCCCUUUCCCUGUAGGUUCAGAGCUGGCUCAGAAGUGGUAUCUCAUUAAACAACACACAGCCCCCAUCACCCAGCCUCCUGUGCUCGAUUCCGCAGUAGUGUGCAGUGCUCCUACUUCAGCAAUGGCUACCGUGGUGGAGGACGUAGACGACAGGUUGCGAGAGCGCAGGCGCAUCAGCAUUGAACAAGGCGUUGAGCCACCACCCAACGCAGAGAUCCACACAUUUGAGGUGACCGCCCAAAUCAACCCUCUCUACAAGCACGGCCCUAAACUGGCGCACGGUAUGAAUGAGUUAGCUGGAGCUGAUAGAGCCUCCGCUCAUCAGCAGCAACAGCUUCUUCUCCAAAGACAUCAGCAGCAUCAGCUCCUACUUCAGAGUUGUUUGGACACUCUGGAUGAGGUGGUGGCCACAGCUGCAGCCUCUGCCUCUGCCUCCGCCUCCGCCCACACCUCUGAUACUAUUCCCGACUCUUUGGUUGACCCAGAGGCUACAGCGACCAGCAUGCCCUCUGCAGCCAUACUUCCUCAGACAGAUCAUCAAAAAUGUCAGGACAGCUACCGCAUCCACACCCAGAUCGAUUACAUUCACUGUUUAGUCCCAGACCUGCUGCAGAUCACCAACCUCCCGUGUUACUGGGGGGUCAUGGACCGCUACGAGGCUGAAAGACUGCUGGAGGGAAAACCAGAAGGCACAUUCCUCCUACGCGACUCUGCACAGGAAGACUACCUCUUCUCCGUCAGCUUCCGCCGCUACGGCCGCUCGCUACACGCCCGCAUCGAACAGUGGAAUCACAACUUUAGCUUUGACGUGCACGACCCCAGUGUCUUCCACGCUCCGACUGUCACAGGAUUGCUGGAGCACUACAAGGACCCCAAUUCGUGCAUGUUCUUCGAGCCGCUGCUGUCAAACCCCAUCCACCGUACACAGCCCUUCACCCUGCAACACAUCUGCAGAGCGGCCAUAAGCAGUUGCACUACCUAUGAUGGCAUUAACAUGCUUCCCAUUCCAAACGCUUUGAAAAAGCACCUGAAAGAAUACCACUAUAAGCAGAGAGUACGCGUACGGAGAAUGGACACUUGGUGGGAAUGAAGAGCAGCAAAGACAUUUAGACUUUAAAGACGAUAUACAAACAUACAUGUAGAACUCUCCCUGAGCUGAACACUUAAAGCUUGUCCUUCACUCCUAUCUGGCUGUCACUAACCUACACCACACUGUACUUAUUUAUUUAAUUCCUGCUGUACCUGUUUUAACAAUGAGAACCACAUUACACUGAUGUGACACGAUGUAAUCUCACUGGCCUUGAACACUUCAAGUUCUUCAAGCUCAAAUUAAACAAACUUAUCUAGA